ACUGGCAACACUAACAGAAAGUGUCAUGUCGGAAGUAAGAAAUUAAAACAAUUGAAGCAAAGUUUGAUAUGAGAAAACGGAAAAUACAUGCACUAUAAACGAUCAUACAUUGUGUAUUCUGUUAUUGGAUUUACGGCAAAAAGCUUUACUACGCAUGUUAGGACAGUAACAAUGAAGUAUUGCGACUGUAAAUGAAUCUGUAGUAAAGAAUAAUACAGUAGUUGUCUAGUAUUUUGUUGGUCUAGAAAUAGCAGCCGCAAUGAUGAAGAGUACAUUACCUAAGGACAAACCGGGCAAGAUGAGGAUCCGGGCAUUUCCAAUGACUAUGGAUGAGAAAUAUGUGGAAAGCAUAUGGAGUUUACUUAAGAAUGCAAUACAGGAAAUACAAAAGAAAAAUAAUUCUGGGCUCUCUUUUGAAGAACUUUACCGCAAUGCUUACACUAUGGUCCUCCACAAACAUGGUGAAAGACUUUACACUGGUUUGAAAGAAGUGGUCACUCACCACCUUGAGACAAAGGUGAGAGAAGAUGUCCUCCACUCACUACACAAUGGGUUUCUGCAAACCUUGAACAAUGCAUGGACUGACCACCAAACCAGUAUGGUCAUGAUUCGCGACAUACUUAUGUAUAUGGACAGGGUAUAUGUACAGCAGAAUGAAGUGGACAAUGUGUACAAUCUUGGACUUAUUAUAUUCAGAGAUCAGGUGGUCCGGUACGGUUGCAUCCGCGACCACUUGCGUCAGACGCUGCUCGAGCUGGUGGCCCGUGAGCGCCGCGGCGAGGUGGUUGACCGGCUGGCCAUCCGUAACGCGUGCCAAAUGCUCAUGGUGCUCGGAAUCAACUCGCGAGCCGUCUAUGAAGAGGACUUCGAAAAGCCAUUCCUGCACCAAUCCGCUGAGUUCUAUAGGAUGGAAUCGCAGAAGUUCCUAGCGGAGAACAGCGCGGCGGUGUACAUCGCGCGCGUGGAGGUGCGCAUCAGCGAGGAGGCGGAGCGCGCGCGGCACUACCUGGACGAGUCCACCGAGCCGCGCGUCGUCGAGGUGCUCGAGCACGAGCUCAUCGAGCGGCACAUGAAGACCAUCGUCGAGAUGGAGAACUCCGGCGUGGUGCACAUGCUGCAGCACACGCGCACGGGCGAGCUGGCGUGCGUGUACAAGCUGCUGUCGCGCGUGCCCGAGGGGCUGCGCACCGUGGCCGACGCCGUGUCGGCGCACCUGCGCGAGCAGGGCCGCGCGCUCGUCACCGACACGCACCACAACACCAACGCCAUCGCCUUCGUACAGAAUCUGCUGGACUUGAAAGACAGGUUCGACCACUUCCUCCACAACUCGUUCAACAACGAUAAAAUCUUCAAGCACAUGAUCGCGUCCGACUUCGAAUACUUCCUCAAUCUGAACAAUAAGAGCCCGGAGUUCCUCUCGCUCUUCAUCGACGGGAAACUCAAGAAAGGCGAGAAGGGCAUGAGCGAACAAGAGAUCGAGGCAGUACUGGACAAGACGAUGGUGCUGUUCCGGUUCCUGCAGGAGAAGGACGUGUUCGAGCGCUACUACAAGCAGCACCUCGCCAAGCGGCUGCUGCUCAACAAGUCCGUCUCGGACGACAGCGAGAAGAAUAUGAUCUCUAAACUGAAGACUGAGUGCGGCUGUCAGUUCACAUCGAAGCUGGAGGGAAUGUUCAAGGACAUGACGGUCUCUAACACCAUCAUGGAGGAGUUCAAGGAACACGUGCUGUCUUCAGGGACCAACCUCCACGGCGUGGAUCUGUCGGUGCGAGUGCUAACCACCGGGUUCUGGCCGACACAGAGCGCGACGCCCAAGUGCAAUAUUCCCACCGCGCCCAGGAACGCCUUUGAGGUCUUCAGGAGCUUCUACCUGGCCAAGCACAGCGGGCGCCAGCUGUCGCUGCAGCCGCAGCUGGGCAGCGCGGACCUGCACGCCACGUUCCGCGCGGCGGCGGGCGCGGGCGGCGCGGGGGGCGCGGGCGCGGGCCCGGCGGGCGGCGGCGCGUCGCCCCCGCGCUCGCCGCCCGCCGCCGGCGCCUACGCCGCGCCGCGCAAGCACAUCAUACAGGUCUCCACCUUCCAGAUGUGCGUGCUGCUGCUCUUCAACAAACGCGAGCGACUUACUUAUGAGGAAAUACUGAACGAGACUGAUAUCCCGGAGAAAGACCUGGUUCGCGCGCUACAGUCACUGGCGAUGGGCAAGCCGACACAGCGGGUGCUCAUCAAACACCCCAAGACCAAGGAGAUCGAGCCGUCCCACCAGUUCUACGUCAACGACGCCUUCACCUCCAAACUCCACAGAGUUAAAAUUCAGACGGUGGCAGCGAAGGGUGAAUCGGAGCCGGAGCGGCGCGAGACUCGCAACAAAGUGGACGAGGACCGCAAGCAUGAGAUCGAGGCUGCCAUCGUCCGCAUUAUGAAGGCCAGGAAGAAGAUGGCGCACCCGCUGCUGGUAGCAGAGGUGACGGAGCAGCUGCGCGCGCGGUUCCUGCCGUCGCCGGUGGUGAUCAAGAAGCGCAUCGAGGGGCUCAUUGAGCGCGAGUACCUGGCGCGCUCGCCCGACGACCGCAAAGUGUACACUUACGUCGCAUAGGUUGGUAGCCGCAGCUCGAACACAACCAGUCAACAUACUCGACACGACUCCAGUAAAACCCGCUUUAGUUAUAUCCGAUUUAUAAUAAUUUGUUACUAUUACUCGACGGCGAAAUCGUGCGCUGCGCCACAUAGAAUACUUGUCACGACAAAUCUUCAAGUAUGAAUUAUUUCAGAAAUAUUAAACAGCGCAGCCCGCUAUUUCUCUUUCUUUGUUGUGAAGAAAAUAAACUAGGAUUAUUCAAUUUUAUUGGUCACUAUUAAAAAAAUAUAGAUCCUCUAAUUUUAAUGUAAAAAUAAUGUAAAUAGGCGUAUAGCGAUAGUUCGAUUCAUUCAAAGUGUAUUAUGAUAGUGUUCCUCAUUUCCUGAAUACAGAUAUAUUAAAAGCCUCUUUUUAAA